CUUACGUGGGUCCUGGGGAUUCAAACCUGGAGCCUUUGGCUUUGCAGGCAAGCGCCUUAACCAUUAAGCCAUCUCUCCAGCCUUCAGUUCUGCUUUAAAGUGGGAGAAGUCAUGCCCUUUCACAGCGUGCUGCCUUUAGCUCUCCACUUGGAGACAAAGGGCCCACCGAUCCUCUGCGCGCAGCCGUAUGCCCAAGCACCCCUCCCCCUGUGUGCCCGACGUCCCCUCCCUACUGCGUCCCGCUACGGAUAUAAGGCACCAGGCUCGCAGGCUUCAGUAGCGACCCUACCGGCCUGCUUCUGGCUUCCCAUGGCUCGGUGCGCUACGCUCGUGCCCGCCGCCCUGGCGCUGCUCCUGCUGCUGACACUGCCCGGCCUUGCGUGGUACAAGCCGGCGACGGGUCCCCGCCACUAUUCGGUGGGUCGCGCCGCGGGGCUGCUGUCCAACUUCCACAGGUCCAUGUCGACGCGCCGCUCGGAGUCGCCAGUUCCUUUCGUGGGGACGGUACACCCGCGCCGCACCAGUGCCUUUUCCGAGCUACUCCCCAGUCUGCGGACCCUUGCUGUGUGCGUCAAGGACAUCACUCCGAACCUGCAGAGCUGUGAGCGGCUCCUCGACAGCCAGGGCACUUUCCAAUGCAAGGCGGAUGUCUUCCUAUCGCUGCACAAGGCGGAUUGCCACAGCACCUGAGCCCUGGACCCCAACCUGGACCUUGGCGUGCUCCAUGGGUGGCUCCCAUGCCCAGUCCUGUUCCGGGUUCCCCAGGCCCCGCUGUGUGGGCUGGCACCCUCUCCUCAGUGUGCCCACAGUAAAUGGCUAAAUGAAUAAA